AUGCUGCAGCACCACCAGGGCCACCAUUCCCGGCAGGCCCCCCACACAUGCACCACCUGUGGGAAGUGCUUCAGCCAGAAGGUUGGCCUCAUGGCUCACCUCUGUGUCCAUGUACGGGAGCAGGAGACCCCCAGCGCUGCAGAGUGUGGCCAGUCCCCCACCGGUACCCAUACCUGUGGGCAGUGUGGGAAGAUGUUCACCAAGAAGGCCAAUCUGGCCAACCACCAGCGGGCUCAUGCCGAGGGCUGGGGUCACCACUGCGGGGCUUGUGGCAAAGUCUUUGCCAAGCGGGGGGACCUGCCCAAGCAUAAGCAGACCCACACCGGGGAGAAACCCUAUGGGUGUGGGCAGUGCGGCAAGCGCUUUGCCCAGCGCACACAGCUGGUCACCCACCAGAGCAUCCACACUGGUGAGCGGCCCUACCACUGUGGUGACUGUGGCAAGCGUUUCAGCGACAGGUCCCGCCUCACUGUCCACCAGUGCAUCCACACCAGCGACCGGCCCUUCCCCUGCCCCACCUGUGACAAGACCUUCUGCCAGAAGAUUGCCUUGGUCAAGCAUUGCCGUGUCCAUGAGCAUGGCAGGGACAAAGGGGCCGGCAAAGACAUCAGUGCCAACACCAACACCAAUACUGAAACGGAUGCCAACACCAACAGUGAUGCCAAAACCAAUGCCAAUGGCAACAGCAAUGUCCAUGCCAGUGCCAACACCAACACCAAUGCCAGUGUCAAGACCAAUGCCAAUGGCAGCGACAAUGCCAAGGUAGCUGGCAAGGAUGAGCAGAGCUCAGCUGUCCCCUGUCGGUGGCUCCCUGUUGGUGAGCGGCCCUUCUCCUACAGCGAGUGUGGAAAGGGCUUUGGCCAGAAGGCCCAGCUGGCAGUCCACCACCACAUCUACUCUGGAGAGUGUCCCUUCCUCUGUGCUGACUACCCCAAGACCUUCAUUGACAAGUCUCGCGUUGUUGUCUACUGCCACAGCCACACUCUCACCAGUGUGGCCCCUUCUCCUGGUGAGGAGUGGCCCUUCACCUGUGCCAUCUGUGGGAGAGGUUUCCGCAAGGAUAUUGCCCUCAUCACCCACCAUCAGGUCCACACCAAGUAUGAGCCCAACUGCUGCAGCAAGUGUGGGCAGGUCUUCUCUGACAGGGCCCAGCUCUGGCUCCACCAGCCCUCCCAUGCUGAGGACCGGCCAUUCAAGUGUGCCACGUGCGGGAAGGACUUCAAGAGGAAGGAGGUCUUGAUUACCCACCAGCAGGUCCACACGAGAGAGGCGCCCUUCCAGUGCCCCCAGUGCAGCAAAAGCUUCUCACAGAAGGCCAACCUCAUGAAGUACCAGCUCACUCACACCCUCUGGGGUCCAUUUAUCUGUUCUGACUGUGGGCAAAGCUAUACCACCAUUGGACAUUUCAAGAGGCACCAGAGGAACCGCCUCAAGAAGCGCAGUCCUCCUAGUGAGGGAGAGGAGACCCCUAAGGACCUGGCAACUGGCUAUGUGCUGACAGUGGAACCAAUGGGUGCUCACAGCAUCCCCAUCCUCUUGGUGAAGACAGAGGCUGAUGCUGACGACUAUGAGGUCCUACAAGUCCCAUGA